GCUUUGGGAAUAGUCUGUCCGCCGUCGUUCGUCGUUCACAACUUCACAUAUGCCCUGGCUUUCAAAAGAUUCGAACGUGAAAUGAUGAUAGACACAUUUAAUCGUAAUUGCUGAAAGUGAAUUGUGGAUUUUCAAGACGAGUCCACCCUCGACGCAACUGCAAUUGUUUAGUGCUAGUGAAACUUUCCGAAACUUGUGAUCCUUUCAGUGCCGAUAGAGCAGGGAUAACUCCGUAACUAUACAAAAUGAACUCGAUCCGUGCUAACUUAGUUUUCGUGCCUUUUGUUCUCUUAACGUUCACGCUAAGCGCAGUAGAGCCUUCCCGCGAAAUUCCCGGUGCUAUCGAGUUGGUCGGAUACAGCAGUAGAAAGGCGCGCAUGAAUGCCGAGUCCUUUGAUGAAUCCCAAACCGUUACACUGCCGAUGGAGAAAGAGAAGGCUGACAUCGAAACAGUUAAACGGAAUAUCGAUGCCUACAACAAGCUCAUGAAGGUAGAUACAAAGAAACUCACCAACCAGCAGAAAGAUAUGCUGGAAAGGAUUGUGGAGCGAGUGGCUCGCCUCAAAGCCGUACUAGAUGUCGACUCAAGCAAUAAUCAUACCAAGGAUACUAAAGACUUGGAUGCAACCACGGCCAGCAUAGACAAACCAACAACACCAAUGACACCGGAUGCAUCUACGGCUACCAGUGCGGAAAUGAUUACAACAACACUGAUCACAGAUACCACUCUGAAGCCUGAUAAAAACGAAGCAAGAGCCAAUAACAAUUUGAGUCCGAAUCAUGUUAACAGAGAUAGCCUGCCUAAGCUCCGACAAACGACGACACCGAAAUAUUCGUCCGGGAAGACUACGACCAAACGGAAUAUCGCCCACAGGGUCUCGCUUAAGCAUGGCUCAGCGACUACGACCAGCACCAGUAGCACAUCUCCUUCAACAAAUCCUUCGCAUAAUGCUCCAGUGGUAACUGCAACUCCUCUGCAGCAUUCGAAGCAGCACGCCAAGCCUCUCAACACGCCGCCAAGCGCCGUGCAAGAAACGUCCACGACCAAACAGCUGCCCCAGAGCUCAGAUAUUGCGGAAGAAAGUACUAGUGCCGUUAACGGUGGCGGGUCAAUAACGUCAGAUCUAAUCUAUGAUUCCAACGAGACCGCGUCUUCCAUAAUUGACACUUUGGCUAAUCACGCUCGCGAGGACUACUACACCAAGGGACCACUCAGUGAGAACAACAAGGGAAAGAAGCCAUCAGCGACAGCCAAGCCCACAAAAUAUCACUAUUAUCCUCACAAUCAACACAUUUACCUUCUCCCAGAAUGCGCGAUACAACAGGUCUGCAAUGCUGUCUACGUUCGGCUGAAUUAUACUCAACCUCUAUGCGCGUGUCCAUCUAGGUAUAGAGAUCCUUGUUCAGCAAGUCUAAAUGAAGAUGAUCAACAUACAACCAAACUUAUUGGAAAUAGCAAAAAGAAGGCUAUUACGUUAGCUAAAACUUGUGAAGCUACCACCGAAAUGAGAGAAUGCAGAUCUCCCAAAGAUUGGUCUUUGUUAGCACUCCAAAACACGAGGACUGGAAAAUCACAUUACCUUGUCAUAUGUCGUUGCCCAGACCAUUUCAAACUUGAAGGACCAAUGGCUCACGAUCAACCCACAUAUGCUAGCGUCCCUGGAAUUCGUGUGUUCGGCAUGAUGUGUGUGCGACCUGGAUUUUCAAUAAGGAAACCGUCAGCACAGCCCCCGAAACGCUACCAACUGCAAAAGCCUCUUUUCAUGCAAAACUCCAAUCAGUACACAUCAAACAAGGAUACAAGACCAACAUACCAAGAUGAUAGUUACCAAAUGCAGCAUCAAGCAAAUUACCAAUAUUUGAAUCGUCCUGAAAGCUCGUCAAUAAUCAAUAUUUCCAAUGCACAAGAUUUCGUUGAUAGCAUAUCCCUGAACAAUUUCGACGGCAUUUAUGGAAGAAACAAUGAACGGAAAGGAGAAACCACAACUGCUGAAUCAAAGACAAAAACUAAAAGGGAGAAGAGGUCUACCGCAGCCGACGAUAACCCACCAUUCCCAUGGGAUAGAUUGGAACAAUUUCAGGACUCUAUCGUUUGGGACUAAAUACUAUUAAAUAUUCUACCUUAAUUCGAAUUUACGUCAUUCUCACUCAUAUCUUUAAUCUCAUCAUGGCAUUCAAAAUCCAUACAUGGAACGGAAAAGAGGGAUAAUCUUAUUCGGGACCUUCAAAUGAUAUCUUUAAACUCCAUUCAACUUCAUCUGUAGCAAUAUUUAUUACAUUUUCGAUGAUGCAUUUACUAGAAUUAGUUUCACAAUUAUUUAAAUUAAAAUAAGAAAAUUGUAUUUUCAUUACAGUUUAAGAAGAAGAUGUCUAUUAAAUUUAGGUGAAUUCUCUAAAAGUUUACGCUAUGUAAAAUGACAGUCAUAAGGACAACGACAUAUCAUAAUAAAAUGUUGCCGUCAGGCGACAAUAAAUUAUUUAAAU